AUGAAAGACUUUGGUGCUUUUAAGGCUUCCCUUAACCUUAAACUCCGCAAUUGUGGUUUAUUUAUUUUAAACCCAAAAGAGCGCACCUUUCUUAACCGAAAAUGGAAGAGUUGGGCCCUUAUAAUUAUUUAUUACAUUGUCUUCUACACGUGCCUUUUUGGAUCUUUGUGUGGCCUGAUUUCCCUAGUUAUGUAUGGAUUUAUAAACGAUAAAGUUCCAACACUUACUGGACAGCAAAGUCUACUGCGACUGAACCCAGGGAUCGGAUUCCUGCCUCCAGUUGAUGCCAACGGGCCGCUGAUUCGAACACCACUGUUUGACACUGAGGACGAAACAAAUUACUUGGAAUUCAUGACAAAGUAUCUACAGAAUUAUGAACGCUCACAAACGGACUGUGAUUUUCGAACUGGUCGGCGUAUCAAUCCGGACAUUAACGUGGCCUGCAAAUUCCCACUGGACCUUUUAGGGGUUUGCUCAGACCCCCGACAGGUUUUAAAUGCGGACCAGAAUUUGUGUGUAUACUUGAAAAUGAAUAAGGUAACGCACUCGACCAUUCCCACAAAGCCUAUAUAG